AUGCAAUCCCUCUCUCGCCCAAUCCUCCAAACCAAAGCACCAACACCCCUCCUCCUCCGAGCAUUAACUACAACUCCAUCCACCAUGGGCGCAGGCGAUACCGGCGCUCCCAAAGCGCGAGGCUUCCUAGCGGAAAAGGACCAGUUCCAGCGUCGAGAGGCGGCCCAGGAGGCGAUGUAUAUUCGGCGGCAGGAGAUGGAGAAGAUUGAGAAGUUGCGGUUGAAGAUGAAGGAGUCGCAGAGACAUAUGGCCGAGUUGGAUAAGCAUUUGGAGGAAUAUGCGAAGAGUCAGGGUGGGGAACAGAAUUGA